ACUUUCCCAGAGUUCCUCCGAGCUCUCAGGGCGGGAGGGACGGCAGCUGCUGGGCGGAGGCUGGCUGCGGUCGGGUGCUGGAGUGGCUGGGGGCUCGCGACGAGGGAAGCCUCACCACGGCUCCUUUACCGGUGUCUCGUGGGCGCUGAGCUGCCACUGGGGCCCGUCACCAGUGCAGGCACCGCGCUGACCCCUCCCCUGGCAGCGGUUCGGAGCCGGGCGCCCCGGCGUGGAGUGAGCACAGACUCCAGCGGGUUCGACGGCAACUACUCAUGUUUUGCCCAAAAUGAAACCAGUGCAGUCGGCAGCCACGCAUCUUCGAACACGGCUAUGCCCGCACCCAGAGCGCGCGUUCGGGAGGCGAGUUGUUUUGCAGGGACACUAACCACCCGGCGUAGGGAAGCGCGGCUCUGCCCCUGGCGCGCGGUCCGGAGAGGGUAGCGCAGGGCAGGGCUGGGGACUCGGACCCCUCGCCUGGCCCCGGAGGCCAUGGCGGCGUCCCGGGACGCGAGGCGGCUCUACAGGCUGGUGCAAGAAGGUCGACUGUACGCCCUGCGGGAGGAACUGCAGGGAGCGGGGGCCGCCAGCUGCCCGGGGCCGGCGGGGGACACCCUGCUGCACUGCGCCGCCCGCCACGGGCAUCGGGACAUCCUGGCCUAUCUGGCCGAGGCCUGGGACAUGGACAUCGAGACUGCCAACCGAGACUACAAGCGGCCCCUACACGAAGCUGCCUCCAUGGGUCACCGGGACUGUGUGCGGUACCUGCUGGGCCGAGGAGCCGUGGUCGACUGCCUGAAGAAGGCUGACUGGACUCCUCUGAUGAUGGCUUGCACAAGGAAGAAUCUCGAGGUGAUCCAGGACCUUGUAGAACAUGGUGCAGAUCCACUUCUGAAGAACAAAGAUGGCUGGAACAGUUUCCAUAUUGCCAGCCGAGAAGGUGACCCUCCAAUCCUCCAGUACUUGCUCACCAUUUGCCCAGAUGCCUGGAAGACAGAGAGCAAAAUUAGUAGAACUCCUCUGCACACGGCAGGUAUGGCCCGGAGCUCUGCCUCCCCCAGCAGAAUGACAUCGAGUUGGAGGGUUCUGAAAAAUAGAGAUUGGUGUCAAUAUCAACCAGACUGCAGAGACAAAUGUGGCCUCACACCCUUUAUGGAUGCAAUUCAGUGUGGGCACAUCAACAUAGCCAGGCUGCUCCUCGAAAACCAUAAGGCUUGCAUUUGUGCUGAGGAUUUCCUGGGAGCCCAGGCUAUACACAGGGCAGCAGUCACUGGGCAGAAUGAAGCCAUCCGAUUCUUGGUAUCUGAACUUGGCAUUGAUGUAGAUGUGAAAGCAGCAUCAACCCACCUUACAGCACUUCAUUAUGCAGCUAAGGAAGGACAUGUGAGUACAGUUCAGAUGCUCAUUUCCUUGGGUGCUGACAUCAACUCUAAAGAUGAAAGAAAUCGAUCAGCCCUACACCUGGCCUGCGCGGGUCAGCAUCUGGCCUGCAUCGAGUUUCUUCUACGGUCUGGGCUGAGGGACUCCCCAGACAUCACGGGCACCCUGGCUCAACAGCUCACACGGAACCCAGACAUCCUUCAGUGCUUUGGCCACAGCAUGACGGCAUGAGGCAGUAAAGCUCAUGGUAACUUAAAUCCUGCUGCUUAAGUCAUUACCAGGUUCAGUGAAAUCUGAGGAUACUUGCUGUCCUCUUCCCUCCCUCCCCUGCACUCUGCACUGCAGCUGAGAGUCCCAGAGGAUGUGGACGCUGGCUUCCUAUAUGGAGGGAUGGACACACUAAAAAUCUCUUCUUACCUGCAUUUCGUUUUGUGGCCUUAAAAUGGAUUUAGAUGAUGUUUGUGAGAUCAGUAUCUGGACUCCUUAGAAAGCAUGUAACAUGCAGGAAUAUAAUAUAGCAUACAUGCUUUUAUAUAUUUUUAUAUAUAUAUAUAUAUUUGUACAUAUAUAUGAAAUGUUUUAUAGUAAACAUAUGAUAAGGCAGUAAUAAUAUUAAAAAUAUAGCAAAUUACUGUUCAUUUGAGCCAUAAAUAAUUGUCCUGUUUACUUUCUUUCAUAGGCAUUUUCUUGGUUGUUACAUGGUUUAAUUUGAUUUUGUAGCCAGAGAGAAUUGCUUAUAAUCUAUUUUAUUUACACAGACAUUUUCAAGGAAUUUAUGAAAAUGUUUCUGUAUAAGCACUGCUAGUUAAGCUAUGUUAUGGUCUUGAGGUUAUUUUUUUUUUUAUUAGACAAGUUCUGUAUUGACUCUCUUUAGGUAAUCAAUACACCUAAAAAAUGAACCUAGGAUAAUUUCAAAACUUUUCUGUUACCUCAGUUGAGGAAAGGGGUUUGUUGUUAAAGCCUGCAAGUCACAUUUCCUAUUGCAUGCCAUCUGCCAUCGAGGCCUGUGAUUGUGAAGGAAUGAAUACUACUUGUACCUUUUAAGAAAUUUGUAGCAAUUUAAACAUGUUGAAAAUAGGAUGAGUGCUCAGGCAUUUGGAUUCUCUUCCUUUUAUUUAUUUAUUUAUUUUUUGUAUCAUUUUCUCUGAAUUUUAGAGGAUAGUAAUUAGUCUAAGUCAGGGGUGGGCAAACUUUUUGACUCGAGGGCCACAAUGGGUUCUUAAACUGGACUGGAGGGCCGGAACACAAGCAUGGAUGGAGUGUUUGUGUGAACUAAUAUAAAUUCAAAGUAAACAUCAUUACAUAAAAGGGUACGGUCUUUUUUUUUUUUUUUUUUUUUUUUUUUUUUAGUUUUAUUCAUUUCAAACCGUAGUUUGCCCACGGCUGGUCUAAGUCAAUCUGUUGACAGAUCAAAUGCAUCCAUCACAAGCAAGACCUGAUCUCCUUGUUUAGUGUAGUCCCAUGAAAGCUUGUCACACAUCUAGCUAUUCUCAGCAGUGUACUGGGCUGGGUGAACAGUCAGAAAUUCCAGUUCUUCUUUAUUAUUCCCAGAUGGAACUGACUGAGUCCUCUACCCAACAAUCAGAUAAACAUACUUGAUUAUAUAAUCUUGUCUUGUGACCUCUAUAUUACAUACUGCAUCUGCACUGAUUCAAGCUGCAGUUACAUUUUCCUGUGGCUUCAGAGACGUCUGUGUGUCUGCCCUUUGGGUCUGAAGAUGGCCUGUUAAUGUGCAGGCGGGAUGGGAGAUCAGUCUGGUGCUGGCCAUCUCAUCGCUUCAGCACACAGGUGAAGCAGCCUUUUUUUUUUUUUUUUUUUUUUUUUUUUUAACAGAGAGGAAGGGAGAGGGAUAGAGAGUUAGAAACAUCGAUGAGAGAGAAACAUCCAUCAGCUGCCUCCUGCACACCUACUACUGGGGAUGUGCCCGCAACCCAGGUACAUGCCCUUGACCAGAAUCGAACCUGGGACCUUUCAGUCCGCAGGCCGACGCUCUAUCCACUGAGCCAAACUGGCUAGGGCUGUGAAGCAGCUUUUUAUUUGCAGUGACUACAUGUGAGACCGGUUGACGUCUGUGGCUUUGCUUCUAAUGUACCCCCUUGUACUAGCUCACCACCCAGCUGCAAUGAGGGAAUAUCUGGUUACACGUUUGGUCCUAGGAGUUUCAGAGAUGGCAGGAAUGAUGAUAAUGUCAAUUGUGACAAAGAUGGUAGUGAUGAUAUAAUAACAGUCUUACUGUAUUAAAAAUGCUAAUAACAAUAAUAAUAAUUAGUGUUAUUCCCUACUUCUAGUUAUAGGUACCUUUCUUACUUCUUUGGGUCUUUACUUAAAAGUCACCUCAGACCUAGCCGGUGUUGCUCAGUGGAUAGAGUGUUGGCCUGCGGACUGAAGGAUCUCAGGUUCAAUUCCGGUCAGGUGCAUAUGCCUGGGUUGCGGGCUUCGGUCCCCAGUAGGGGUAGUGCAGGAGGCAGCCGAUCAGUGAUUCCCUCUCAUCAUUGAUGUUUCUAACUUCCUCUCUGAAAUCAAUAAAAAUAUAUUAAAAAAAAAAAAAAGUCACCUCAGUGAAGCCCUCCCAGGCCACCCAAUCUAAAAUUUUGUUCUCUCCUUCAGCAUUUUAUAUCUCCUUUCCUCAGUUUCUUUUUUUCUCCUUUCCACUUAUCACUAUCAAGUAUACCAUACAUUUUGAGUUAUUUUGUUUCUUGUCUAUCUCCUCGCUAGAAUGUCAGCUCCUUGGGCAAAGUUUUUGUCUCUUGUUUAUUUACUAAAUCUACGGGCCCAGAGCAGAGCCUGGUGCAUAAUAAGGUCUGAAAUUAUUAUAUGGUCAACAAGUGAAUGGUAACAAUUCACAUUUCUUGGACACUUACUAUAUCCUAGAUACUGUGCUGAGCACCUUACUUAGAUGGUUUCAUUUCAUCCCUUGGUCCUUGCAUGAUACAGCCGCUCCUAAUUAUUAUUCCACCCCAAGCAUCCUUUCUCACACCAACUUCUUUAAAGAAGCUACCCUCAGUUUCAUCAACUCAUAGGCACUGCUCAACCUGCUGCAGUCCACCUUCCUAGCUGCUACUCCAUGCAAGUUUUUCUCAGGUUACCGGUGACUUUCCAAUUGCCAAAUUAAGUAAUACAGUUUUAGCCCUCAUAUUACUGAUCGUUCAGUUUAUCCAUCACUCCCACCUUCUGGAAACUUGUUCUUUCACCUGUGAUAGCACUCUCCUGGGAUUUUCUUUCUGACUUUUCCUUUAUGGCUUCCAUCAGAAAUGUCUCUUUUAGGGCCUGUCCUGCAAAUGCUAGUGUGCCCGCUUCUGUCUCCAACUCAGUCUUGUCUUUAUUCUGCAUAUGCUUCCAGAACUAAUGCCUCUUUUAGGGCCUGUAAAUGCUAGUGUGCCCAUUUCUAGCUCUAACUCACUGUUGUCCUUAUUCUGCCUAUGCUCCCAGAACCAUCUCAUCCAUUCUCCUCAUUUCACCUGCACCCAAAUAUUGACGACACUCCAUUCUCUAACCUUUAUUUUCCACUGCCUGCUGUAUAUUUUUUUUUUGCAUAGACAUUCUAAAGCUAUCCCACACUUUAUUCAAAGCCUGGGUUUCUACCCUAACCAGUUUGGCUCAGUGGAUAGAGCGUCGGCCUGCAGACUGAAGGGUCCCAGGUUCGAUUCUGGUCAAGGGCAUGUUCCUUGGUUGCAGGCAUAUACCCAGUAGGAAGUUUGCAAGAGGCAGCUGAUGGAUGUUUCUCAUCGAUGUUUCUAACUUUCUAUCUAUCCCUCUCUGUAAAAAAUCAAUAAAAUAUAUUAAAAAAACAAACAAACCUGGGUUUCCCUUAACCUGCUUAGAUGUGUGCCUGUAUUUGCUGCCUAACUUGAUGACACUGCAGAUCACCCAGUCACCCAAGUGGGAAACCAGGAAUCUGACUCUUACUCCAGCAGAAAGCCCCGCUUCGUCUAUUCUGCUCCUGCCCUAUUAAGGCUCCCCGGUUCAAGCCCUCAGACUUGUCCAAAUCACUAUUCCAGUAGCCUCCUAACUGUCCCUCCUGCUGCAGUCUUGUUCUCUUCAAAUCUGUCCUCCACACAGCCCUGAGCUCCCACUCACAUGACCAAGGGCGUUGACUGCUGCAGGUGGUUCACCCAGUCUCACCAGGAUUCGGUGCCUUAACCAAGAGUCGCUUCCUCAGAGAUUUUGACUGGUCCUGAAAGAGCACCUGAUCCACUGUGACUGUCUGUUCCUGAGAUUGAUCAGGCAGAGGUCUUGGGAAGAGAUACAAAUUGGUAAGAAUUAUAAACAUUUGAAAAUAGCUAGGACCUGACACAUAUUAAUUAACAAAAAAAGGUAUAUAAUAAAGUAUUUGCAAGACAAAAAUAGAAAAGGGAUUACAGAAUGGAAAAGAAAUUAUGAAACUCAGACCAAAAAAAGGUAUGUGAAGGGAGCUCAGGUAGUGAGAUAGGGUCAGGCACUAAAUUCAAUGUACCCAUGGCAUUGCUAGAAUUCACCAGCAGGUGGCAGACCAGAGAAAUGUCCUUUUAUUCUCCCAGGUGUGUUUUGUUUUGUUUUAAACAAGAAGUUUAUUUAAACAAUAAGACAGUUGACUUGAAGGGAAAACUAUCUAGGAUUCACUUUUUUAGAGUAAUUUAUCCCUACUUAAAGACAGAUUGCCCUACAUGUAACAGCUACGUACAAAAAAGUUAUAAAAUUGUCCUUGGUUUUACAAUGACAAAUGAAAAACAUUAAAAUUCUCCAAACAAGG